AUGGUAAACCCUAUGGUUAUUGGUUAUAUUGGAUCAGCUGCAGCUAUUAUUGGAUUCGGUUCAAAUUAUGUUCCAGUUAAAAAAUAUCCAGUUGGUAAUGGAUUAUCAUAUGCAUUUAUAUUAUCAAUUGGUGGAUUAUGUGUAGCAUUUAUAGCGAUGAUGAUUCAUGGUACAUUUGUAUUUUCACCAAUUGGUAUAUUAGGAGGUAGUUUAUGGGCAAUGGCAAAUCUUUUAAUUAUUCCAAUUAUUAAGUUGGUUGGAUUAGGAUUGGGUGUAUUAUUGUGGAGUAGUAUUGGUAUUGUUGUUGGUUUCUUUUCAGGUAAAUUUGGAUGGUUAGGAUUAGAGAAACAAAUAGUAACACAUGAUUGGAUGAAUUGGUUAGGUUUUGUUGGUAUUGUAAUUUCAAUCUUUUGUUUCUUUUUUAUUAAACCAUCAUUAGAAGAUGACAAUAAUAAUAAGAAUGUAGUUGAUAGAUUUAAGAAUAAAAAAGGAGGAUACAUUGAUCCAAUGGAUAAUGAAGAGUUUCCAAUAUUACGUGGAUCUGUCAAUAGUGAUGGUCCAAUUAAAUUUAAUAAAUAUAACAAUAAUAAUAACAAUGGUGAUGAGUUAGAAACUUCAACAGAAACAAUUUUCGAUAAAAUACCAACAAAAUUUAAAAAGGUUGCUGGUAUUAGUAUGUCAAUUAUUUGUGGUGUUUUAUUAGGUGUUAAUAUGAUACCUAUGCAACUUUGGAAACAAAAUCAUCAAGAAGCAUCACCAUUUGAUAUUAUUUUCUCACAAUUUGCUGGUGUAUUCUUAUUUAAUGCAUUCACUUUUAUGUUUUAUGCAAUGAUUAAAAAGUCACCUCAAAUCUAUCCAAAAACAGUUUUUCCAAGUUUUAUCUCUGGUGUUAUGUGGGGAAUUGCAAAUUGUGGUUUAAUGAUUUCAACUCAAAAUUUAGGUUAUACAGUUGGUUAUCCAAUCUCUUGUUCAGGUCCAAUGAUUAUCUCUUCAUUAUGGAGUGUUUUUUAUUUCCAUGAAAUUAAAGGCACAAAAAAUUUAUUAAUAUUAUGUGGUUCAUUUUUAUUUUUAAUUUCUGGUAUUAUUUUACUUGCUUUCUCUUCAUUUUAA